GACUACCAUCUUGUUUCACAGCUCAGCUGAUCGGACAGACGUGCAGUCGGACGCAGGACCCCAGAGUCCUGAGGUGGGCGGUGUGCCAGGGCCCCUCACAGCCUCUUCAAGACUCCUGCUCCACUAACCUGAUCCCCAGCUUCCCUCCCCCACGCUGCUGGUGAGGAGCUCGGUCCAAGCUAUGGGUGUCAAGACUGCAUUGCCUGUGCCUGAGCUGGGCCUGUACUCCCUGGUGCUGAGUGGGGCCCUGGCCUACGCUGGCCAAGGACUCUUGGAGGCAUCACAAGAUGGGGCCCGCAGGAAGACCUUUCGGGAGUCUGUGCGACCCGGCUGGGAUUACCUGGGCAGGAAGAUGGAUGUGGCUGACUUCGAAUGGGUGAUGUGGUUCACCAGCUUCCGCAACAUCAUUAUCUUUGCCCUCUCAGGGCAUGUGCUGUUUGCUAAGCUCUGCACAAUGGUGGCCCCUCAGCUCCGCUCCUGGAUGUAUACCGUGUAUGGAGCCCUGGCCGUGGUGGGCACAAUGGGCCCAUGGUACCUGCUGCUGCUGCUCGGCCACUGUGUGGGUCUUUAUGUGGCUUCACUCUUGGGCCAGCCCUGGCUCUGUCUCAGCCUUGGUCUGGCCAGCCUGGCCUCUUUCAAGAUGGACCCCCUAAUAUCUUGGCAGAGCGGGUUUGUAACCGGCACUUUUGAUCUUCAAGACGUGCUGUUUCACGGGGGCUGCAGCUUCACGGUGCUUCGGUGCACCAGCUUUGCACUGGAGAGAUGCGCCCACCCUGACCGCCGCUACUCCCUGACAGACCUGCUCAAGUACAACUUCUACCUGCCCUUCUUCUUCUUCGGGCCCAUUAUGACCUUCGAUCGCUUCCAUGCUCAGGUGAGCCAAGUGGAGCCAGUGAGGCAAGAGGGCGAGCUGUGGCACAUCCGGGUCCAGGCAGGCCUCAGUGUGGUGGCCAUCGUGGCUGUGGACAUCUUCUUCCACUUCUUCUACAUCCUCACCAUCCCCAAUGACCUCAAGUUUGCCAGCCGCCUCCCCGACAGCGCCCUUGCUGGUCUGGCCUAUUCAAACCUUGUGUAUGACUGGGUGAAGGCGGCUGUCCUCUUUGGAGUUGUCAACACCGUGGCUCGUCUGGACCACCUGGACCCACCUCAGCCUCCCAAGUGUAUCACUGCGCUCUAUGUCUUUGGAGAAACGCACUUUGACCGCGGCAUCAAUGACUGGCUUUGCAAAUACGUGUACGACCACAUUGGUGGGGAUCACACUGCAGUGAUCCCAGAGCUGGGGGCCUCAGUGGCUACAUUUGUUGUCACCACUCUGUGGCUUGGGCCUUGUGACAUUGUCUACCUGUGGUCAGUCCUCAACUGCUUUGGCCUCAACUUUGAGCUCUGGGUACAGAAGCUGGCAGAAUGUGAGCCUCUGGCACAAGUGGAGGCCUGGAUGUCAGAGCAGAUGUCUCGAAGGGUCCGGGCCCUCUUUGGGGCUGUAAACUUUUGGGCCAUCAUCAUGUACAACCUUGUAAGCCUGAACAGCCUCGAGUUCACAGAGCUGGUCGCCCAACGCCUGAUACUGACAGGAUUCCCCCAGACCACACUGGCCGUCCUGUUUGUCACCUACUGCGGUGUCCAGCUCGUGAAGGAGCGCGAGCGAACCCUGGCGCUGGAGGAGGAAGAGGGAUCGGACAAGGAGAAGCCAGAGUAGGGGGUGGGGCAGGGCAGGUUCUCCUCAGCAACAG